AAAAGCUGAGCUAGAGGUGCCUGGAGCUGUCUGCUCGGCCACAGAUAAGAAAGGAAGCUGCCCCUGGGCUUUCUGAGGGGGAAACUGAGGUAGAAGCAUCUGGAUCGUCCCCCUUGAGCGAGGGACCCACCAGAAGGAGGACACCCUGGCUGAUCGUGUGGACCUUGUGCCCGGGAGAAAGGAGGCUUGCUUGGAUAGGAAGAUCAAGACUGGCUGCCGACACUCAUUCCGAUGAAAGCGAGGGUGUGAAUGGCCUUCAGACCUGCUUCUGGAAUGACCGUCUCUGUGGACUCAUCCUGGUGGCGGUGGCGGUGGCGGUGGCAAGGCCGGCCUGGCUUCCUCCAGUCUCCAUCAGAGACCACGCCGCUGCUGGUGUCAGAGCACAGGCAGAGCUACAGCCUGACCGGGCAGCGGGUGGUGUUCCCCAACAACAGCUUGUGUCACCGGGACUGGGAGAGAGCCUGCAGGAGCUACUCCAGCAACAGCAUCCGCACAACCAAAUACACCCCUCUCACCUUCCUGCCCCGGUCUCUGUGGGAGCAGUUUCACAGAUGGGCAAACCUCUACUUCCUGUUGCUAGUGGUCCUGAACUGGAUGCCCGCCAUGGAGGUCUUCCACAGGGAAAUCACCAUGCUACCACUAGCCAUUGUCUUGUCCAUCAUCAUGGUCAAGGACGGCGUGGAGGACUUCAAGAGGCACCGCUUCGACAGAGAAAUAAACUGUUCCAAUACCCGGAUCUAUAAAAGGAAGGAGCAGGGCUAUGUGCAGAAGUGCUGGAAGGACGUGCGCGUGGGAGACUUCAUCCAAAUGCACUGCAACGAGAUCAUCCCAGCAGACAUCCUGCUCCUGUUCUCCUCGGACCCCAGCGGCAUCUGCCACCUGGAGACCGCCAACCUGGACGGAGAGACCAACCUCAAGCAAAGACGUGUGGUGAAGGGCUUCUCACAGCAGGAUGUCCAGUUCCAGCCAGAGCAUUUCUGCAAUACGAUUGUGUGCGAGAAACCCAACAACCACCUGAACAAGUUUAAAGGUUAUAUGGAGCAUCCUGACCAGACCAGGACGGGCUUCGGCAGCGAGAGCCUGCUGCUGCGAGGCUGCACCAUCAGGAACACGGAGGUGGCCGUGGGCAUCGUCAUCUAUGCAGGCCAUGAAACCAAAGCCAUGCUGAACAACAGCGGGCCCCGGUACAAGCGCAGCAAGAUCGAGCGGCGCAUGAACGUCCACAUCUUCUUCUGCGUCGGCCUCCUCUUCCUCAUGUGCCUCACGGGAGCUAUCGGUCACAGCCUCUGGAACGGAACCUUUCAAGAGCCGCCUCCCUUCGAUGUGCCCGACGCCAGUGGGAACUUCCCGCCUGCGGCCCUGGGCGGGUUCUACAUGUUUCUCACCAUGAUUAUCUUGCUGCAGAUCCUCAUCCCCAUCUCGCUGUACGUGUCCAUCGAGCUGGUGAAGCUUGGCCAGAUCUUCCUCCUGCACCACGACCUGGACCUGUACGACGAGGACACCGGCACCGCCAUUCAGUGCCGGGCCCUCAACAUCACCGAGGACCUGGGCCAGAUCCACUACGUCUUCUCCGACAAGACCGGCACGCUCACCGAGAACAAGAUGGUGUUCCGCCGCUGCACCAUCGGGGGCUCCGAGUUCCGCCACCAAGAGAACGCCAAGCGAUUGGAGACCCCCAAGGAGCGGGACUCGGACCCCGAAGAGUGGACCCAGUACCACAGCCUGCCCUUCCCCGCCAGAGCGGCCCAAGACCAAGCGGCCACAAGAAGUCAGGACGGUGCCCAGCCGCUGAGGAGGAGCCAGAGUGCCCGGGUGCCCCUCCAGGGCCACGCCCGGCAAAGGUCCGCAGGCCGCUGGGACAGCCCGCAGGCCCCCGUGGCCUUCAGCAGCCCCAUAGAAAAAGACGUGACCCCAGAUAAAACCCUUCUGAGCAAGGUGCAAGAUGCUGCUCUGUGGCUGGAGUCCCUGGCCCAGGCCCGGCCUGCCCAGCCUGCCCACGCGGCCACCGCCUCCAUCGCCGACUUCUUCCUUGCCCUGGCUAUCUGCAACUCGGUCAUGGUGUCCACCACCACCGCGCCCCGGCGGAGAGUCACCCUUCCGCCCUCCUCCAGGGCGCUGGGCACCUCCCUGGAGAAGAUCCAGCAGCUGUUCCAGAGGCUGAAGCUCCUGGGGCUCAGCCAGUCCUUCUCGUCCACCGCGCCCUCGGACACGGACCUCGGGGAGAGCCUGGGACCCCACUUGCCCACCGCGGACUCGGAGGAGAAAGAUGGGGCGUCGGUGUGCAGCCGGGACUCCUCCUCGGACUGCGGCUACCGGAGCAGCGCGUGGGAACAGGGGGACCGGCUGGAGUCCGGCUCGGGGGCCUCGCUGGAGGAGGGGCUGGGGCCCCCCGGGCUCGGCCUGGCCGGGGCUGAGCUGUGCUACGAGGCCGAGAGCCCGGACGAGGCCGCCCUGGUCCACGCUGCCCGCGCCUACAGCUUCACGCUGGUGUCCCGGACCCCCGAGCAGGUGACCGUGCGCCUGCCACAGGGCACCUGCCUCUCCUUCGACCUCCUCUACACCCUGGGCUUCGACGCGGUCAGGAAGAGGAUGUCCGUGGUGGUGAGGCACCCGCUGACCGGCCAGAUCGUCGUCUAUACCAAGGGCGCCGACUCGGUCAUCAUGGACCUGCUGGAAGACCCGGCCUGUGCGACUGACGUGAAUGAGGAAAAGCAGCUGAAGAAAAUCCGACUCCGCACCCAGAACCAUCUAGAUCUGUAUGCCCGAGACGGCCUGAGGACACUGUGCAUCGCCAAGAAGGUCGUAGGCGAAGAGGACUUCCGGCGAUGGGUCAGUUUCCGGCGUGAGGCCGAGGCCUCCCUGGACAACCGGGAUGAGCUUCUCAUGGAGACUGCGCAGCACCUGGAGAGCCACCUCACCUUGCUAGGAGCCACGGGGAUCGAGGACCGGCUGCAGGACGGGGUCCCCGACACCAUCGCCGCCCUGCGGGAGGCAGGGCUGCACCUCUGGGUCCUGACAGGAGACAAGCAGGAGACGGCGGUGAACAUCGCGCAUGCCUGCCGACUCCUGGAUCAGACGGACACGGUGUACACCAUUAACACCGAGAGCCAGGAAACCUGUGAGUCCAUCCUCUCCUGCGCACUGGAAGAGGUGAAGCAAUUGCAGGAACCACCGCAGCCACCUGCUGAGACCUCGUCUGCCACCUCCUCUGCUGCUGCUGCUGCUGCUGCUGCUGCUGCCGCCCCGGGUGCUACGCUUCCCCAAGCCGGACUGGUCGUGGACGGGAAGACGCUGAACGUGAUUUUCCAGGGGAAGCUGGAGAAGAAGUUUCUGGAGUUGACCCGGUACUGCCGGUCCGUCCUGUGCUGCCGUUCUACGCCACUGCAGAAGAGCAUGAUGGUGAAGCUGGUGCGGGACCGCUGCGGCGUCAUGACGCUGUCUAUAGGUGACGGAGCGAACGACGUCAGCAUGAUUCAAGCCGCGGAUGUUGGCGUCGGGAUAUCAGGACAGGAGGGCAUGCAGGCCGUCAUGUCCAGCGACUUCGCCAUUUCCCGCUUCAGGCACCUGAAGAAGCUGCUGCUGGUGCAUGGACACUGGUGCUACUCGCGCCUGGCCCGGAUGGUGGUCUACUACUUCUACAAGAACGUGUGCUACGUCAACCUGCUCUUCUGGUACCAGUUCUUCUGCGGCUUCUCCGGCUCCACCUUGAUCGAUUACUGGCAGCUGAUCUUCUUCAACCUCUUCUUCACCUCCCUGCCCCCCAUCAUCUUUGGAAUCCUCGACAAAGACGUCUCCGCCGAAACACUCCUGGCGUUGCCCGAACUCUACAAGAGUGGCCAGAACUCCGAGUGCUACAACCUAGCGACCUUCUGGAUCUCCAUGGUGGAUGCAUUCUACCAGAGCCUCGCCUGCUUCUUCAUCCCUUACCUGACCUACCGAGACUCUGACAUCGACGUCUUCACCUUCGGGACUCCGGUCAACACCAUCUCGCUCACCACAAUCCUCCUACACCAGGCCAUGGAGAUGAGGACAUGGACCGCCAUCCACUGGCUUGUCCUCGUGGGCAGCUUCCUGAUGUACUUCGUCGUGUCCCUCGUGUACAACGCCACCUGCGUCACCUGCAACAGCCCCACCAACCCGUACUGGGUGAUGGAAAGGCAGCUCUCGGACCCCACGUUCUACCUCGUCUGCCUCCUCACGCCAGCCGUGGCUCUUCUCCCGAGGUUCUUUAUCCUGUCUCUGCACGGUACUUUGGGGAAGUCCUUGAUCUCAAGAGCUCAGAAAAUUGACCAGCUGCCCACCAACGAAAGGAACCUGGCGAUCCAGAACUGGCAAAGCAAACGGAGGCCUUCUCCGACCCCGGCGGGGAAUCAGCCCACCCCUGGUCCAGAGCCACCCGUCCCCGAACAGUACUUAAGAACCAGUACCCCGAAGAGCGGCAGACCUCCCGGGCGGGGGCAGCGGUACAGCAGGGAUGACAGCUGCCCGGGGGACGGCUUGGGCACACUCUGCUCCGGGGAGCACCUCCUGGGGACAGACAGGACCGUGGCCCCCAGAGGUUACUGUAGGGAGCGGAGCGGUGGGAGCCGGCACUCCCGCCGGGGCAGCCACCGCCGGUCCCAGAGCUCGCUGACCAUCUGAGACACGGACGCGAUCCCAGAGCUCGCUGACCAUCUGAGACACGGACGCGAAGAGCUCGCUGACCAUCUGAGACACGGACACGAUCUGUACAAACCCCGAGGGGACCCUCACCGGCCACGGAACCCAGCACCUCUUCCUCUUCCGAGAGGAAAUGCUCCAGGCUGCUUCCU